CGGCCACAUAUUAACGGCAGCGUCUUGAAUGAGCCAAUCACAGAAGCGCGGCGUGGGAUUUAAAACGUGUGGCGUCUUCUGCACGAAAUUCAAAUUUCAGACGGAGACGAGGCGAAGCGACAAAUCCUCAUUUUUCUGCAAGCACAGUUUGAAUUUGGUUUCAGUCAGGAACCUGACUGAAAUGGCGCAGUUUGGAUUUGAGAACGACGUCCACAGCAUCCUGAAGCUCGACAUGCCGAUUACAAACGCUCCCAUGGCGAGGUGGCAGAGAAAGGCCAGCUCAUCCAACACGUCCAGCCUGAACACCUUGUCGCCUGGAAAAUCUGCUAAUGUUUCGCUAAGUUCAUCUAAAACUCCAAACAAAACACCAGGUAAAAACAAGAAAACCCCAUCAAAGAUGGGAGGCGAUCGCUUCAUACCGACAAGAAAUAAUAAACAGAUGGACGUGGCAAAUUUCCUGCUUACAAAAGAGAAUGAACCAGCUGAUGCAAACCCUGCUUUGUCAAUAGAAAGCCAGAAGGCCUGGUCGGUGACACUGAACGGAUACAACAUUGAAGAUGCAAAGAUCCUGCAUCUAGGAGGGAAGCCACUGAAUGCACCAGAAGGCUAUCAAAACAACUUGAAAGUCCUCUACAGUCAAGUUUCAACACCCGCCUCUCUCAAAAAGACCAGAUACAUAUCUUCUACUCCUGACAAAAUCUUAGAUGCUCCAGGUCUUCGAAAUGAUUUCUAUUUAAAUCUGCUUGACUGGAGCAGUCGAAAUGUCCUUGCUGUGGCACUUGACAAUAGUGUGUACCUCUGGGAUGCCUCACAAGGAGACAUCACUCUACUUGUGAAGAUGGAGCGUGAGGAGGACUAUAUCUGCUCGCUAUCCUGGACUAAAGAGGGAAGCUACCUGGCUGUUGGAACCAGUGAUUGCAAAGUUCAGCUGUGGGAUGUUGAAAAUCAGAAACGCCUGCGCAGCAUGACUAGCCACACAGCAAGAGUUAGCUCUCUGAGUUGGAAUGAUUAUAUUCUUUCCAGUGGCUCCAGGUCAGGGCACAUUCACCACCAUGAUGUGAGGGUGGCGGACCACCUCAUCUCUACACUUGCUGGUCAUUCACAAGAAGUGUGUGGCCUCAAGUGGUCACCUGAUGGGCGAUACUUGGCUAGUGGCGGCAAUGACAACUUGGUGUGUUUAUGGCCCCGCGUGCAGGAGGGAAGUUCCAAUAGUGAGGGACAGUUAAUCCGUCGCUUGAGUGAACAUCAGGGAGCUGUCAAGGCUUUGGCCUGGUGCCCAUGGCAGUCGAAUAUUCUUGCCUCUGGUGGCGGCACCAGUGACCGCCACAUUCGCAUCUGGAAUGUCAACUCAGGCUCUUGUGUCAGUUCUCUUGACACUCAGUCGCAGGUCUCGUCACUUGUGUUUGCACCCAACUACAAAGAAUUGGUCUCUGCACAUGGCUUUGCCCAUCACAAUGUUGUCAUUUGGAAGUAUCCCUCACUCUCCAAGGUUUCAGAACUUAAUGGCCAUGACGGCAGAGUUCUCAGUUUGGUUUUGAGCCCAGACAACACAACUGUAGCAACUGUUGCUGGAGAUGAAACUAUUCGUUUGUGGAAGUCCUUCGAAAUGGAUCCUGUAAAGAAGAAGGCUAAGGAGAAGCUAUUCAGUUCAGCUAGCAGUGUCAUUCAUCAGUCCAUCAGAUAACAUCCCUUGUUUUUUUUCUUUUAUAUCAUAGAUAUUUUUGAUUAUACAAAUGUGUAUGCAAUUGUUUAAACUGAAAUAAAGCUUUCCACUCAGUUGCUAUUAUUGGGGGCUUUAUAGGUGUUUACUAUGUGUAGUUCAAGGAAUUGAUAAAGUGUGUGGGAGAAGGGAAUUGUUUAGCUUUUACUUGAGUUUUAUUGGCAUGUGCCUUGUAAUUGCUGAACUAAGAUUUUAAUGAACCAUAUUUAUCAAAUGUUGUAUAAUGCAUAUUUUUCUGGAUUCACUUCUGACUGUGCUUAUGAUCUUGACUUGGGUUUAAUAAAUUGCAUAUUGCCAUC